CCGCAGCAUCCCGGCUCUGCUACGGUCGGCGCGCUCCUGAGCUCGAGGUGCCAUCUCUCCCCCUCAUUGCACGCAGGGUGCCCGAGCCGGCCAGUUCUGCACACUUUGCCCUCCUUGGCAGCCGAUAAAGGAGGUCUAAGGAAAUUCGGAUUUGCUGUCGCCAGCGCUGCCCUUUAAAUCCCCGACCCGAAGGCCCGCACACAGGCGGGGCAGACUCGGGCCCGGCCGCGUGCAAGGCGCAGCAGCUCGGCGCACGGCUCCACCGGAUCGCCUCGCAGAAGCGGCCUCUGGAACCGAAGUCCACCCUCAGCCCCUAGGUACCACUUUCCGCAGCCUCAGCCGGGGGAGGCCAGCCUAGCAACCGAGAGCUGAGAUGCCAGCCCACAUGCUGCAGGAGAUGUCAGGCUCCUACACCACCACCACCACCAUUACAGCCCCUGCCUCUGGAGGCCUGCAGAAUGGAGUGCAGAAGUUGGAGAAGGCUCCCCAGUACAUUGGAGCAGAAAUCCGCCCUGAAAUAAAAGAUGACAUACACGACCCCAGCUACCAGGACGAAGAAGGUCCCCUGCCCAAACUGGAGUAUGUCUGGAGAAACAUUAUCCUGAUGGCGCUGCUGCACAUGGGAGCCCUGUAUGGAAUCACCCUGCUUCCCACCUGCAAGUUCUACACGAUCCUGUGGGCAUACCUGUACUAUGUCAUCAGUGCCCUGGGAAUCACCGCAGGAGCCCAUCGCCUAUGGAGUCACCGAACUUACAAAGCGCGCCUGCCUCUGAGGGUCUUCCUGAUCAUUGCCAACACCAUGGCCUUCCAAAAUGAUGUGUAUGAAUGGGCCCGAGACCAUCGUGCCCACCACAAGUUCUCAGAAACGCACGCGGACCCUCACAAUUCCAGGCGUGGCUUUUUCUUCUCUCACGUGGGCUGGCUGCUUGUGCGCAAACACCCAGCUGUUAAAGAGAAGGGCGGUUUGCUGGACAUGUCUGAUCUAAAGGCUGAGAAACUGGUGAUGUUCCAGAGAAGGUACUACAAGCCCGGUCUCCUAUUGAUGUGUUUCAUCCUGCCCACGCUAGUCCCCUGGUAUUGCUGGGGUGAAACUUUUCUACACAGCGUGUUUGUCUCCACCUUCCUGCGCUAUGCCGUAGUGCUCAAUGCCACCUGGCUGGUAAACAGUGCUGCCCACCUCUUUGGAUAUCGCCCUUACGAUAAGAACAUCGAGUCUCGAGAGAACAUCCUGGUGUCACUGGGAGCUGUGGGCGAGGGCUUCCACAACUAUCACCAUUCCUUCCCCUAUGACUACUCUGCCAGUGAGUAUCGCUGGCACAUCAACUUUACCACAUUCUUCAUCGAUUGCAUGGCUGCCCUUGGUCUGGUUUAUGACCGGAAGAAAGUGUCCAAGGCCACCAUCUUGGCCAGGAUUAAAAGAACUGGAGAUGGAAGCUACAAGAGUGGUUGAAUUGGGUCAUCUGAGUUUCUUUUCCAAAAGCCAGGCUGUCAGAGGCUUAAUGUGUUAAUUAACUACUGAAAAAUGCUACCAGGAUGCUAAAGAUGAUAUUAACCUGUUCCAAUACAGUAUUCUUUAAGAUGGGAAAGUUUUGAUAACUUUUUAAGGUAGUAGAUAUUUUAAUUAGCCAGAUUUAACCAUAUCACGAUAUAUGUACAAACCUGUUGUACAUGAAAAAUACAUGCAAUUUUGUGUCGAUUUUUAAAAAUAAAUAAUAAAUUGGAACAUUCUUUAAAAAGAGAACUCAAAGCCAACAACUAUGCUCUUAUUAUGUUAAAUAGAUUCUCUCUUCUGUCUUCUUUGUAUUGUACUUUGCACUGUUUCUGUCACCUUUUCUCUUCUUAUAGCCUCCCAGGCAAAUCGCUGGUCAGUCACCAAUCUGUACCCACCUUGUAAAGUGUAGACAGCUUUUCUAAAGCUCUAAAGGUGAUGCUUUUUCUCCAUGUAACUGUUUGAUCUGACUUGAGCUUCAAGGUAGGUGGCUCAAGCUAGAGAUGAGACUUUCUGGAAUGUCCCUCUGCUAACUAUCUUCAAGCCGGGCAUUACUUGAUGGAAUGGAAAAAUGUCUGGCACACAACUUGUAAAGCAGGUAGAUCAUCAGGAAACAGCUAGCCGUGGGAUAUGGUUCAUGCAUAUGUAUAGGAUAGAGAUGGGAAGUGGGAAGAGGUGAUGGGGUUCAGCUGCCUGGCUAGCAAACACAGGGAGCCCUCCAUACAGGGCACUGCCUUUCUCUCCGACUCUGCCAGGAGUUGGGUGAGCACAGUUGGGUAGAGCACAGUAGCAAGUCUGUGAUUAAAGAUAAAGAUGAAGCAUUUAUUUUGUAGAAGCAGCCUCUGCUGAGAAGCAUUUUCUAGUAAUAAGAAGAGUUCUUCCUAGAAGUCUUCAGGUUAGGUGUGACCCGAAUGGGUAGAUAUGACAGCUCAGAGUUUUGAGCGUUCCAUGAGCUGCUCAUCUAACUCCUUUGAUAUUUCUGCUCUCCGUUUUCAGGAUAUUUGUUGUUCCCUCCCAGCAAUAGGAUUUCUAUGACAUUUCUACACGUCCAGAAAUGGGAGGAUUUUAGCAGGUGGAAUUGAGUCAAACAAAAAUAUUUAGACAUAUAGUCUUUCCUGGGAACAUGAAAGUAAUUAACAUUUCCUUCUGAAAGAAAAGCUAAGGAAACUUAGAGAAAAGGAAUUAGCUGCUUGUCCUUCCUCCCAUCACUGGAGAGAAGACAGGAGCAGCCUCUCCAGAAGCUCCUUAGAUAACUUUACAAAGGGCUCUGAGAAUAAUUCAGAACUAAGUUAGUAUGUAUUCUAAUGGAUCAAGUUCAGUGAUACCUCUACUUACUAGUCCCAUUUGCUACAGAUUGGAUACAAAUUAGUCGUUUCUCUAAGGCAAUCCACCCUUUCACUCAUUCCUUGCCCUGGGACCAUCAGCCUAUAUAUGUGACUGCCUGGGAGGAGGGUAAAAAUCAUUAACUGCCCUGAUUCUUGGUUCCCCGAUUGUCUCUUUCUCUGACCUUUGCUUCCUUCUGUGCCAUUUCAGGCAGCCCCUUUUUCUCCAGACAUGAUGCUCACAGGCUCUGGGCUUACAAGACUUGCUGAUGAAGGUGGCUGCCACUUUUCUGUGAGCUGCUCCAUUUCCCUGCAGUUUCACUAUACCCAGCCUUUCCCCCGCAAACCCCCGUGACUCCAAAAGAGAUUCUGCACAACUUGCAGAAAUGUCAGUGACUUGGAGAGGCUCUCUGAUGGAACAAGGCCAGUGAAUUGGCUUUGGCACUUAUAUUUUCCAUGGGUCAAAACAGGAUUCUUAGUUUCCUAUAUGCUCAGCAACGCUCCUUCAUUUGAGCAGCAGUUAUCACUUAUCAGUGUAAUGGUUGUAGAAAGCAACUGCAAGGGCAAGUUCCCAGGUGCCUCCCACUGAAAUGAAACCCCAGUCUCUGCGGCCAGGCUGUGCUACUGGUCUUUGAGACACUGGAGCUGAGAUGCCUUGGACUUGGCUGAGCAUUAUCUGUUUUGAAGACCUGAGACCUAUCCUGUUUCUGUACUGCAGAUGUCAAUGUGGGAGCCCGGCUCUGCUCUGUAGGAUUAGCAGUGCCUGCCUAGUACCAAAUGUUUUGUCUACUGUUGACCCCAGGGGUGGGAGGGGGCAGUUCCCAUGUCCACUGAAUAGAGGCUACAGUCACCAGCCUGCACUAGGGGAGCCUUGUACUUGUUCAUUAAAAGAGAAAAGCGUCUCAUGGAAGUUCGCUGUAAGUUAGAUCUGUUGACCUAUGUGCUUUGCCCAUUGCCUGUUAGGUGGAUUUAAUUAUAAAGAUCAUCAGAUGCCUGCUUUAUAAUAUAAAGACAAUAAAAUCAACUUUCUUUUCUAAUCCUGUUCCACGAUCCAAGCUAUGUCCCUACAUAAAGGCUGGAGAUGGAGAUCACAGAACGAGAGCCUUAGCAUAUAUAUAUUUGGGCAUGUAGGUAGGGAUGUGUCUAUUCAGUGAGGAACACUUCAGUGAGACUCUAAAGCUCAAUUCAAAUGGUACAUUAAUUAGAAACUGAUCUUGAGAGUGAAUUUCUAACAGACCGUAUCAUGUUGAUGUACUGUCAACCUACCCAGUGCCUUACCUGUUUUCUAAUCCCACUGAAGCCUGUAAGCCUGGCCUCACUCCGUCUGGGGAGUUCUUCACCACCUUGGAGCCUGCAGCAGGAGACUGCACAGAGAAUUAUCAGUACAGUGAUGAGCAGGAUUCUUUUCUGGGUUUCAUUUUGGAAACUUCAGGGCUCUUUUUACUAAGAGCACAACAGUGAUGAGGGCUGGAAGUGAUCUGAAUGUGUGAUUUAUGAAAUAAUGGUGGUUAAAAUGGAAAGUUUUCUCCUUAGCUCGCAAGUAUCCUAAGUGUAUUCUCUGUAAGUGUAACUCACAUGGGUCACUGUGAAAGGCACACCAAGCAGUGUGAUCAUGUUAUACUGGUAGCUAAAGCAGGCCUUUCCUACCACAGAGCUACUCACUUCUAUCUAACCCUCUGUUUUAUAACAAACAUACUUCUGAGAAAAGGUCAUUAAUCUCUUUGAAACCCUUCUGACGACUCGCCUCUUAAAUGUCCUACCUUUCAAAAACUGUUGCACUGGGGGUGAACUUUCUAACUCGCACACAUGAGGGACACAAACCACUGUACUAGGCAAAUCACUUAACUGCAAUGUGCCUCACUUUUCCUUCUGUUACAAUGGGGUAAUCAUACUGACCUACCUCAAACAGCAAUUCUGGGGUGUGACUAAGCGUCUAUCAAGCAUUUUGGCAUCCUCAGCCGAGGAACUGUCAAGUCAUGCAGACCUUUAUAGUAGUGUCUGCCAUGAAUGUGACUUGUCUUUAUGUUUUGGAUACCAUCAUUAGUCUACAUGGUUCUUUCAAGGGAUUCAGUACUUCCAUUGGUGAAGUGGUAUACAACAAAGACAUUUGAGAAAGCACACUUAUUGCCAUGAAAACAUAAGGUAGUAUACUUUUUCCUUGCCUGGGUGUGAUUUUUUUUCCCUUUUUAUGUGAAAUAGUUAUUUGUAACCUGAGAAUAAAUUUUGAAAUGACUUUCAUUAACAGCAAUUCCAAAGCUAGCUGUACUGAUCUGAGAUCAUGUUUGUUCAUAAUAAAAGUGAAGUGAAUCUGA